AUGGGCAGAAAAUUGCAAAAGAUCGAUACGAAAUCUAACAUCCAGGAAGCGCUGGCAACUGUAGAUUCUGUGCUUGCUCGUGUGACCAGCGAACGCUCUAAGUUGUCUGCAUUACUUGAUCGUUUAUUCAACGCUCGUUACAGUCAGGAGAUUGUCGUCGAACAAAUGGGUACUAGACCACCUAUUAAAUCCCUUUGGUCAUCACAGCAAGAAAUACAAUGCAGUAUUUAAAAGCUAGCUGCGGCAAAGAUAACAGUUAUUAUAAAUAAUCUUUGUAAAAUAAAUUCUUCGUUCUCUUCAUAUUUUCUUAUGUAAUGGCAUGAUAAAGUAAUUAUUUAUGAGAAAGCAAAUAUGACUCUAGUUGCAAAAUAUAGUUACGAUGUUCUGAGUUCUGACAAUUUUUGAAACUCAUUUAAAGUGGCCAUCACUAUUAGUUGGUUGUAAAUAAAUAUUAUCAUAUUGUUUUAUUAUUAUAACGGAUGACUAUUACAAUAAGUCUUAGGUAUUGAUAAAAAAAGUGGAACAAUGACUUUUUAUUUGUUUAGUAAUAAUUUACAGACAAACUAGAAUCAUAUGUUCGUAAUUUAAUAUUGAAACUUUUUCAGUCAUUUUGUUUUCUUAGGCGAGCUGUGCAAGAUUUUGGCAUGGCAAUAAGUAGACCGCCCCCCCGGGAAAAGCAUAUAUACAUAUUCCGCAUUAUUCGUUCACGGGGGGGAGGAGGCCUCACUGUGAAUAUUUUGAAACAAAACAAAACGAAAACAAACACUUUCAAAUAGUUUCAAUGAUUUCAAUAAAAACAAAUUAGGAAUAAAUGGGAAACGUAGUUAGUUCGGAGCAAAAUUCAAACGAAGAAGACAUCGGUAACGCAUUAUUUGAAAAAGUUCGUUCAUUCCACGAAGAAAAUGCAGAAAAGAUCACUGGAAUGCUACUAGAAAUGCCGCCGAAAGAUUUGCAAAACAUUUUCGCAGACGACACGAAACUCAUGUACAAAUUUACGAGGCGAUCAAAAUUUUAGACUAUGAAACGGAGCUGACAAAACUCGAGUCGCUCGGUGAUGUUUUGUACACAGAGGUUGAAGCUGUCUAUUCUGAGCACGAAAUAGCAGAGAAAAUCACGGGGAUGUUGUUGGAAUUGAAUGUGGACGAAAUUGAACGUUUGAUGAAGCAUAAAAGCGAAUUAUUGGUUAAAAUUCACGAAGCUUUUGCAGUGUUGCAAAGACAUAGUGAUAAUGAACUUAAAAGGUGUUAAGUUAUUCUGACUCAAACACAAUCUCACACCCAAAGUACUGUAAUUUUCUUCUUAAGCCCCCCCCCCCCCCUCCCCAAAAUUUUCACAAAACUCCCCACAUAUUUGAAAAGUAUUUCUACAGAAUAGUUUUUUAAUUUCCUUAAUUAUUUUGUUUUAGCCCAACUAUCAAGGAAUGGCCGGCAUCAAAAACAGAAUUGGGGGAGAAGAUAUUUGAACGUAUAUUACAAUGGUACAUGGAUGAGGAAACCACGGCAAAAUUGACUGGCAUGUUGUUGGAAAUGAACAUCGAUGAGAUUACAAAACUAACACAAGAAGAUGAACUACUUAAAUGUAAAGCCGAUGAAGCGUUCAGAGCUCUAACGAUACAAAGAUGA